GGCAAUUAAUUCCUUUAUAAGCCAGGAGACAUACGACGACUUCAUAUCGAGGAAAAAUCUAACUUCACUCGGAGAUGCACAGUCUCCUCCGCUUGGUCAAAGUGCAGAGUCGUCGUCCUCUGGCCUCCUCCUUACCCCUGAUCCUACUCUCUAUUCCCACCUCUUCUCCCUCUCGUAAUCCCAACCGUCUCGGCUGGACGAUUCCCAACUCUCGCUUAACACACGCCCUAAGGCCAGGAAAGCCAGCGCUUCCUCUCAAAAUGGACGGACACGGAGACGUCAACAACGUCCACGCCGCCCGGCCCGCCGUUGAGAUCCGCCCCGACGAAGCGUACCUCGGCCGCUCCCACGCCCUCGCCGCCGAGGACGACGACGCCGAGACCCGCGCCCGCUACCGCCCCUUCCUCCUGCCCCCCGCCGCGGCCGAGGACGACUGGGUCGCGGGCCUGGAGCUCUCGACGGCCCUCGCCCUCGUCGACCGCGAGGUCCUCUCCCGCGGCCUGCCGCGCCUCCGCAUCCUCGUCCUCUACGGCAGCCUCCGCGCCCGCUCCUACAGCCGGCUACUCGCCCUCGAGGGCGCCCGGGUGCUCCACCGGCUGGGCUGCGAUGUGCGCGUCUUCGACCCGGCCGGCCUGCCGCUCAAGGACGACGUCAGCCACGGGCACCCCAAGGUCCAGGAGCUCCGCGACCUGAGCCGGUGGAGCGACGGGCACUUCUGGGUCAGCGCCGAGCAGCACGGCGCCGUCACGGGCCUGUUCAAGACGCAGAUCGACUGGAUCCCGCUGUCGCAGGGCUCCGUGCGGCCGACGCAGGGCCGCACGCUCUGCGUGGCGCAGGUGUCGGGCGGGUCGCAGAGCUUCAACGCCGUCAACACGCUGCGGCUCUUGGGCCGGUGGAUGCGCAUGUUCGUCGUGCCGAACCAGAGCUCCGUGCCGAUGGCGUACACGCAGUUCACGCCGGAGGACGAGGGCGGGGGCGGGGGGUCCAGGAUGCUGCCGAGCUCCAACAGGGACAGGCUGGUCGACUGCAUGGAGGAGCUGGUCAAGUACACCGUGGUGAUGCGGCCGCACCUCGACCUGUUUGGAGACAGGUUCAGCGAGCGGAAGGAGAAGAGGGAGAAGGCGGAGAAGGCGGUCAAGAUUGCUGAGGUAUGAGAGAAGCUGCCACCGUAUCAAAGCUGGAGGAACGGCACGGCGCCCGCGUCUUGCUGUCCCAUGAAGGCCUCCUUCAAGUUCUCGAAACACCCGGGGGUCACGAUGUGGUCGGGUUGUAUGUGUCGAGUUCCUCAUACCAGGUGGAUGAGAUUGAUAGAAUACAACAGGAAUGGAUAAUGGCGCGAUCGAAUAUAGGUCGAACGCGCAUGUUUCGC